AUGUGGAAUUCAAACGCCAUGGACAAUAGACAGAUGGAAAAGCGAGUGGUUAUUGGAAGAGUCCGGCCGACAUGGGCACGGAACAUGCCAGAGGCGAGAGAAGAUGACGAUAAAAGUGACCAAGAAGUUGGAGUCAUGCCGCACAGUGAGCCUCCGUCGCCUACAGACACCUGGGAACAGCAGAACAAACAAGAAGAUAAAUACGAUGUAUUUGGAAAGGUGAUGCUUCUCGGAGACAGCGGCGUUGGCAAGACAUGCAUGCUAGUGCGCUUCCGUGAUGGCACAUUCCUCUCCGGAAACUACAUUUCGACCGUCGGCAUCGACUUCCGGAAUAAGGUAGUUACAGUAGACGGCGUCAAAGUAAAGCUUCAAAUUUGGGACACGGCUGGCCAAGAGCGCUUCCGUAGCGUCACUCACGCUUACUACAGGGAUGCACAUGCACUUCUGCUUUUAUACGAUGUGACCAACAAGAUAAGUUUUGACAACAUACGCGCCUGGCUUGGCGAGAUACGGGAGUACGCACAAGACGACGUGGUCAUAAUGCUACUGGGAAACAAAUCCGACAGCGGCUUAGAGAGGGCGGUGAGGCGCGAGGAGGGACAGCGCUUGGCGAGAGAAUAUCAAGUCGAAUUUAUGGAGACGUCAGCGAAAACCGGACUGAAUGUGGAAGCGGCAUUUGCUCAUGUGGCGCGCGCUCUAGUCGCGAAAGCGAACCCUGUUGACCCAGCCAGGCUAGCAGUGCGCGCGCAACCGUCACAGGAACAAAGACUGUGCUUGUCAUCUCGAGGCGAAUUACUGCCGAUAUUUCCUACCACCAGUUCGGAUGAAUCGGAACCUCCUGCCAUCGCAUCAAAAAUUAAGGAUUGUGUGUCCGUACAGAUAAACGAAGAUGACGACCUGCCAACUAAUGUUUGCAAGAAAUGCAUGGACAAUGUUAAUAACUGGCAUAUUUUUAAGGCUGUAUGUGAAAGGACACAAAACAAACUACAGUCUCUGAUUAAAAAUGAUGGCAGCCAACUAGAAGAGGUGCAAAUUAAAAGUGAACCUUUGUCUGAUGAGGUUUAUGAUGAUGGAGUGGUUAUUGAUGGCUCAUACCCUGACCUUGAGAAUGCAUCUACAUCCAGCAAAGUACAACCAGAAGGUCCACCUAUCUUGGCAUCGUUGGGUCUUACACCGAGGAGUGAUAAGGGCAUGGACAGUGAAAAAGAUGAAGAAGAAGAUGAAGAUGAAGAGAUGAAUGAUUCCAGUCAACAUUAUGCAAGUGCACCCACCAAUAUGCCUGAAGUGUCAAUCACAGUCAUGCGUCCCACUGGGGAAACAUUGCAUGCCCGACAAGGAAUCCAACAACUUGCCUCUAAGGAUUGUUUAGUUUGCGGUCGAUCUUAUAGGUAUUCGCAUAACGCAAGGCGUCAUGAGCUUACUGCGCAUAGUUUUGAUAGAUACACAAAUAAAAUAACCAUCAAAAAGUCUCAAACACACAUGCAACCAAAACUCAGACCCAAUCCAUUUAAUCCGAAAGCAAGGUUAAUGCCUAAUCCAAUCAAUCAUAAAAUGCAGCUUGUUCAAAAAGGGAUACCUACCAAAAUUAUGCAGCAGAAGGUUGUGGCCCCACCAAAGCCUAUACCAAUAAAAGCGCCAAAAGGCUCGCAAAAUAAUUUGCCAUAUCCACUUCGCAUAAAAGCUCUUAAAGACUUGCAAAUUAAGAAAAAAGAACCUCAAAUUUUAAAAACGUUAUUGACAACAAAACCUGAAAUUUUAGUAUCUGAACCAGAAAUAAUUAACUCUGCUCCAGAAAGUCCGGAAACUUUGAUUUCUGAGCCGGAAAUAGCUUCAUUUCAAGUAGAAACCAUUCUGGAAGAACCAGAGACUUAUAAUCAAGAACAAGACGGCGAAGAGGUAGAUGGUGAUACGCAAAAUAAUCAGAGUCAAAAUUACGACACUGUUGAUAUGGAUUCUGAUAAUGAAAUUGAAAUCGCACGUCAGCAAGAAGACGCGGUGGAAGGUGAAGGCAAACUUGAAGAAGAUCACCAAGUUGAAAACGAAGCUGAAGAAGGUAAUGAAAUAGAAAAUUUGGACAAUGGCGAUGAAAACAAUAUUGAAAGAAACCAUAGCGACAAUGAAAAUGAUCACAUUGACGAUACUGCUGAUAGUCAAGAUGAAAUACAAAUCGUUAAUGAAACGGAAGGUAGGGAGGAAGAUGAAACCAAAGAAGGAGAAGAAGAUCAUGAUGAGAGGGACGGUGAACAGCCGGAGUAUAACCAUGAAGAAAAUGAGGAUGACGAUGAUGAGCUACCACCUAUAGCUCCAGUUGUAGAAAUUAAUGAAGACUUGCAAAUGAAUUCGUUUAAUAGUGAGAUACACGAAGAAGAGGAGCUUGAUGAAACAGUUGACCCAAAUGAUACUGCAGAUACUGUAAAAGAACUUGAUCCUGACAAAUUAUAUGUGACUAAGACACAAAGAGAUUUUAUUCAUAAGUAUCGUGAUAUCAUUGAACAAAUCAAUACCAAAAGAUGUCUAUGUUGUGAUAAAGAACACCCACGGCGUAAGGCUGUAAUACAACAUUUACAGAAAAAUGGGCACAAGGUCCCAAAACAUACAUGCUACAACUGCGUUGUCACCUUUGGCCAUAUUGGGGCUUUACUUAGUCAUAUGCGGUCUAACACAUGCACAGAUUUGUGGAAAAUUAUUUAUAACGAAAAUGGAAUCACUGAUGACUUAGUUUUAGAAGAUGAGCCUAAAGAUGCUAAAGUUCAAUAUAAAGAUAUUUUUAAUGCUAGGUCAUAUGCAUGUAAAUUAUGCCCAGCAAAAUUCCAACUUAAACAAUUUAUUAUGAAACAUGUAUUGGAUGUGCACGAGGAUGGUCAAUCCCGUGUGCAUCUUGCUUGUGUUCACUGUGGGUCUCGAUUUAAAGACAAGGCUAUAUGGAAAAGACAUAUACGUAACGGAGAGUGUACAGUUUACAUCGCGUGUGACCUAUGUACAGAAAUAUUUAGUAACAUGCAAGCUUUUAAUGACCACGCAUUGUCUGUGCAUGCUGGGAAUUUCGACCAAACUGAUAAUCAGAACAAAUGUGUUGAUGGUAGACCAACAGAUUGUCCGAUUUGCGGUAAGAAGAAUAGCAGCUAUCCCAAUUUGGUUAAACAUUUGAAGAUAAUUCAUAGUGAAGAAAAACCUCAUUAUUGCCAGCAUUGUGAUUCCAAAUUUGAACAAGCUGCUGAUCUUAACAAACACAUUUAUAUGGAACAUUCUGAUAGAACCUUAGGAAUGCAGACCAAUGAGCCUGACAUGUCGCUCGUCAAAGAAGAGGCCGAAGAAUAUCAUUAUUCAUGCACAGAAUGUAACGCCAUAUUUGAAACCGUUGAUGCUUGGACAGAUCAUCAGGUGGCUGAGCAUAAUCAAAUUGCUCAUCAUUGUGAUCAAUGUUAUAAGAAAUUUUUGAGACCAUCGGAACUGGCAGAACACAAAAAUACGCAUUUGAGAGUGAAGUUCUAUCCUUGCAGUAUUUGUACUAAUUCUUACAGCACGCCGCAAAAACUUUCAGAACACGUCCAACAAGUCCAUCCUGGAGUGGGAGCAAGUGCCGCUUUAGAUUCUGAAUUUUUCUGCGACAUUUGUAUUAGAUCGUUCAAAAGUCGUCAAGCUUAUUCAAACCAUAUGCGUAUUCACGCUAAAGUACCUACAACUAAUCGGAAACCCGGGGAACCUAAAGGAUUUGCGCCGCAAAUUAUUGGGAAACCGAUAAAAUCUUUUUCUAUGGUACAGCCUGGUUUUGUAUCUUUCAAACCUAAUUGCAAUGUUCCCAAUGCACCUUAUUCAUGUGAUAUUUGUGGAAAGGGCUUUAUGCACAAGAAAAAUAUUUGGAAGCAUAAGAAAGUGCUACAUGCAGAUGUUGUUGGAGACCGAAAUGACAGUGAAGAAAAUACUAUGCAGGCAUCAACUGAAGAAGAUGAAUACAAUUUAGACGAAAAUGGUGCUGUACUUUCCACUCCCCAGUUUAAUAGUUUUAAUUUUACUAAUUUAACAAAUAGCUUGCAACCCCAAACUUCUCCUCAAGAUCCAACACCCUACUCUUGUGAACUAUGCUUUAAACGUUUUCCCCUCAGGACAAGUUUAUGGAAACACAAACGAGCUAAGCAUGGAAUUAUUAACGCUAGUGCUAGUGGUAGUCCUGAUUCUCAGAUGGUGGGAAGUAGUGAAACCGGCAGAUCUAGCUGCACUAUUUGUAAAAUUACUUUUUCAGACAAAAAGUCUUACUACCGUCAUAGGAAAAAUGUUCACAAGUCAUCAGUUCAGAUGUGCAAGAUUUGUGGUAAGCCUCUAAAUUCGACAUUGGAGUUAUAUGAGCAUUUAAAAGCUGCUCAUGCUAGAGAGUUAUUAGGAUAUAAUGAAAACCAAGGUUCCAGUAAGUCACAAGAAAUUGUUCAAGAGUUAGACGUAGAUUACGAAGGUGACCAGGAUUCUAUGGAUCCUAGCUUAGAAUACCAAGCUCGAUAUCCGUGUGAUACAUGCGGAAAACAAUUUGUAGGUUUGCUAGCACUGCAAAACCAUCAAUGUAUUAAUCAAAUACAAUCUUCCCCCCAAACCUUUGAUUGCGAGAUUUGUCACAAAAGUUAUACUUCCAUUUCUGCAUUAAAAAGUCACCGUGGAUGGCAUUUACGGUCACCUGAUGGAAAAGCGGCUGCUAACAAUACAGGUCUAUGGAUGCCUCAGCAUAAAGUAACAAGCAAAGUUAGCAAACAUGAAAUUGUCGAUCCCUCCCAACUUGCACGGGUGACUCAUUCGACUCCUGCAACUGUAGUCAAAAGGAGAUUACCACCGGAAGUAGAAGUGACUGUUGUUAACCCAAAUAAGAAAAUGCGUUCUGAUGAUUCAGUAGAAUUAGAACAGCAGAAUUCAUCCACUGGAGCUGAAGAUAGAUAUUGCACAAUAUGUGAUAAGGAGUUCACAAAACGAGCGGCUUAUCAACGUCACAUGGAUGAGGUUCAUCAACCUAACUCUGUAUUCUGUCCCGUUUGUGACAAGAGUUUUACGCGAAAAUCAACCCUGAUCGUUCAUAUGAAGAAACAUUACGAAAGUGGGGAAAGUAGUUCAGCUGCAGCUGAUCAGAUGGAGGAUGACGUUCACGCAUGUGACCUUUGUGGCGUUCAAUAUGAUAAUGAGAGCGCGCUUAGAGCCCACCGAGCAAGGCAUCAUGGUGAUGAAUCAGGGGAGUCUGAAGAUGAUGGGACCAGUGUUCCACCUCCUGGCGAAUUCACCUGCGCUCAAUGUGGGGAUGGAGUCGCCACACCCCGUGAUUUAAUUGCCCACCGCUCCAUGCAUGCCACUCCAACAAAAUUCUUCUGCAACAUUUGCAAGGUUUACUUUGCUCGAGCUAUCGACCUCUCGUCCCACACACGAGCCAGACAUGCGGACAAUGAAAAGGUAUUUUUCCCAUGCGCAAUGUGUGACCGUUUUUACAUGAACAAGAAGAGCUUACAACGACACAUUGAGAUGGCUCACUGA